AUGGCAGCCCUGCUGUCGGGCACACUGAAGACGUUUCAGAAGUUCGCCUGUGACGGCCAGGAGCUGCAGCUGCGCUGUUUUCGCAACACUAGCAUCUCCAUCUCAGUGGCCCAGUACGGGCGCUCUGUGCCCUACCACAUGCUUUGCCCGCCGCCAUCGCAAGAGGAAGAGGGCGCUGAGAACGCCAGACCGGCGCAAGAGUACAACGGCAGCGUCGAGUGCAUCGCCAAGGAAGCGCUCAAGGUGGUGGAGGCAGCAUGCCGAGAGAAGCGAGAAUGCAUGGUGAGGACUGACGUCAAGUCAUUCAUGGUGGACCCUUGCCCGGGCGUGUACAAGUACGCCGAGGUCGCCUACAAGUGCCGCCCCACCACGUUCUCCAACCGCAUCGUGUGCGAGAAUGCCGUGCUCAACCUGCGCUGCCAGAAGAACCUGCGCAUCGUGGUCUACUCGGCCAACUUCGGCGGCACCGAGAAAGGCGUGCCCGAGUGCCCGCAGAGGCAGGACGUCAAGCUGUCCGUUUGCCAGGUGAGUUACGCUACUGAGACGGUGCUGACAUCGUGCCACGGUCGUCGCAAGUGCACCGUAGCCGCCGACAUGGGCACCUUUGGCAACCCCGGCUGCCACCGUGACUCGCGGCUCUUCCUCAAGGUUGUCUACACCUGCGCGCCCAAGGAGAUCCUCAAGGACCUCGACAUAGGCGGCACCGACUCGCCCAAGGACAGAAUGGACGAGGAGGAGGAAGGAUACGUGGAAGAGGCGCGCUACCAGCCAUCCACCUUCAGUCCUGAUGGGGGUCCGUAUGCACCGGCCGAGUCGCUGCCUGCCGUGCCGAUGGAUCGAAAUCUGAUACCAGAGCCAGUGAACAAAAAGAUCGACCUGCUGCGAGAUAGGACCGCAGAAGACGACAAACACGUCAAUUGCACCUUGAGUGGAAGCGGCCACCGAGCCAUUGGCUUCGUCACCGAAUGGGUCGCGGCCUACAAGUUUGUAAGAGCGAACAAAGAGAAGUUCAUCCUGUACGUGCUGCUGAGCCUGGGCUGCGGCAUCGUCGCCUUCCUGGUUGUGCUGUCGGCUCGCCUCUACGUGCAGCGGCGCCGCGACAAGCGUCAGGACGAGGUCAAGUGCUCCGAGCCGUUGUCGAGCUCGUUCGACGAGUGCGACGGCGGAGGUAGAGCGGAUCCAGUGGACGCUUCCGGCUCGGCAACCAGGCACGCGCACACGAUUGAAGUCGUGCGCUACGCCAACAGAUCGGGCAUAAGCCGCCACGACAGCGACACCUACCCGCGGGCACCCGUGUCGCGAUCGACGAACAACUACUACUACAGCUAGUGGUGAAAAGGCCGAGGAGGAGACUCGUAUUUGUUGUUGUUUUCUUCUCGUUCGCACUCUCGUCACCUCCUCGAGCCAGUAUGCACAUUCAGGAACGCGCCGAUGCCAAAAAAUAAUUGCGAUGACCUAAGGUAACUCGCAUACGUCAGGGCGUAGACGUUUAAUCGCGCUGUUCGUGAAACCGCGGUGGUCGUCAUUUUUACAGGACCCUACCCUAUCACACUAUAGAGAAGCUACAUACGCCAACAGGCUGUAGGCUUCGAGGUGUGAAGACGACCGAACACCACGGAUACUGUUUUGACUUGGCCGCGCGAUGGCGUGAAUUGCGUGUGGCCUGCGAAAGAUCCCAUUGCGCCAACUCAACGCGCGUCGGCGUUACGGCGGCGACAGUUUGUACAGCAUGUAAAGUAACUAAUACCACUAUAACAACAGUGCCUGCGAGUGUUCCAAUUAAGAUGUUUAAGGAUGAGCAGUACGUGGAGCAUAUCAAAUGCCUCGCUCACUCUGACUUGUUGCGUUUUCCGCGCAGAGCUUAACCUGAGCCCGAUAGAGGAGGUCAGAGUUCGUGGUCAUCCGGUGUCCACAGUGUCGGCCCAAAGAAAUUCUGUGCGUUUGCAUCGUUUCAAAAAAAGCUUUUAAGGCUGACCACAACUGAAGAAAGACUACGUCAGGGAACCGGUCUAUCAACACGACUACGUCGGGGAUGUGAGUAGCAGUGCUCUCACCAGGAUGGCAGUCUCUCAAGUACUGCGAGGUUGUGGUUAUUAACUGACGCGUGAAAAAAAAUAUACUUUCUGCAUUUCCUUCGUAAUCUUUGUUAUGGAUAGUUGAUGCAUUCACCCACGUACUCAUAGCAAAAAUUCAAUGUGAUGUCUGUAGGAUAACGGUGGACCAUGCUUGCUGCUAAAACCUUUGACGUUCAAGUCCCAAGACCGAUAUCUUCACUCCUUGUGAAGAAUGUUUUACAGAACUGCCUCUGUUUACAUUGGAAAAAUCGGUAGUUUCGUUUUAAUGACAUGUGUGCUCACCUUAGCCCCUUGUUAUAGCAGCUGUAAGCCGGCUAUGUCUACGUAAUUAGUGCAAGUGUGUCACCAGUCACAUAAAAGCACUGCACUGAGCGCACAUAGGCCUAGAGUGCUGAAGAGGCCAAAUUUUGUUCCAACACUUAAGGGACACAAGCAUAUUAUCUUCACCUAGAACUACUGACGAACGCGUAUUGUCGAGUUCACUGCAUUAGAUUGGAUGGUGUUACAUAAUUUGUUUUGCACGCGUACAUUCAAGCGUCAGUCAACACGCACUUUUCGAAUGAGAAUAAUGCAACAACAAGGCCCUCUAUAGCUUUUCACUUGGAUAUACAGGGCUUGAGUGAUGAUAUGUAUUAUAAUGAAGAACAAUAAGAUAUACCUUCUUACGUUAUAGAUGAAUUAUGGCUAAUUUAUUACACCGGUGGUCGUUCUGUGUUAAACAAUGGGCAAGAGCUACAAAGCCGGCUUCGUUGUACAAAUAUUUAUUGAAGCCAGUAGCUUAAAAGAUGUUGAUCUACGUGGGCAUAUCGUGCACUGAUUUUAUGUACCAUCUCCUGUCAUCCCUUGCUUGCAGCAAGUUAUGCAUAAUUUGUCAAUUGCGUUUCGUGGCUCUCCUGUGUACUUCACCACUGCACGUGACUUCAAUACCGAGUUCCAAUGUUCCGUGCUUGACAAGUGCACACAUGAAAAGUCGAGAUGUGACUCAUUGGUCUGCACAGCUUACGCGAUCAGCCGACCAACUUAAAAAAAAAGAAAAAAAAAACGUCAGCAAGAUGCACAGAAUGGACCCGCACACGCUUACCGAGUGUUCUGACAGAUAACUACCAGAUGCGAUAUUUAUCUCGGUGGGUUAUGCAAGCGCCCAUACCAGCGUCUCAGAAGAUGAGGUUAAAGUCCACCCAUUAGGGUCCACUCAUGGUGGCUUAGCUCCUAUGGCUGUGAUGUGACGUGCAUGACUGACUGAAUAAACUUUAUUAAAACCAGCAAGAGGUGGUGGCUGGGCCUAGGCCUCCCACGUGGGGACGUCGUGCAUGAGCUUAAAAUUUAAGUUCAACGUAAGGGCAGCUCUAAGUCUGCUCAGACGACACUGAUACGUUUUGGAAGUGAUGAAUUUAGUUCUCGGCCAUCAAGUGCAGUAACACUGGUUCAGCAAAAUGUUUGCUUCACUAAUAUCUCAUGUAAGUGAUCGCGAUGCAGCUCGUCAUGUACGGGUAACUUUUAUUUCCUGUCGGUGUGAGAUGUCCUGUUUAUCUGUCAUUAACGAUCAGCAUCAUUUUGACGCCUGUAUGUUCGCACAUUUCUAGGUGUGUUUUCGCACUCUCAAGCAAAUGGUUAUUCAGCUAUACCGCGGGUAAGGGCUGUAAGACGACUGUUGCAAGAUUGGAACAAGUUUGAACUGUUUACUGUGUCCGAAAGCACGUUGUGUUGCUGACCUGCACAGUUAUUGUUGUAUGUGUCUUCUGUGCACCGUUGGCUCACGUUUCUGUAAAUUACUGUUGACUCAUAACUGUAAAAUUGUACAGCUCCCUACAGGGCCGGUGUUGUGCUUCUGUCGACUUGUUUGGUCGAAACGAGGAAGUAUCAGUUUUAUUUUAAAAAUCGGCGGCUGUCUUUUUUUUUGUGUGGUGUUUUUUCGUGCUCGCAUGCAUUUCCUUGGUGAAAAGUGACUGCUGAAAGCGCGUGCCAUUAAGGCGGAAUAGUGUAGAGAAAUGAAUGGCGAAGAAGUCACGGGACUCGGCUCCAAAACCGCGAGCCUCUGCUUCCGAAAAUAAUAUUUUCGUGAACUCCGAUGUCAAUGUUGGAAGUUUGGAGGCCGCCACAAACGAGCACUUGAGUCGCAGAAAUUGUGUUCCCGAAAACUGUGUGGUGUAAUGCUUUGUCGCGACCAUUUCUCUCAGUUGGGCAUUAACUGUAACAUUCAAACAAGAAUACUUCGAGUACUAAAAGCGUUUCACAAUAUUAGUUAUCUAAUUACAGUUCCCCGUCUGCAUAUCCGAAAGCAAGAAGGAAAAGGAACUGUUCUGAUGAACUGAACUGAGCAACCGAAAAUGUGAUGCCACUGAUGCCAAGAUCGUUCUUAUUUGAACCACAAUAUGUCUAUUAAUAAAGAAAAGAGUUAAAUGGAGGCUCAGAUGGAAUGAGCUGGCAAACCCUAAUUAUUACUAAUUGAUAUUAUCUUGUAGAUAGAAAGAACGUAUGCUUAUCUGUCAGACAAGAACGUCAUGCAGUGCCAAGCUGCUAUGCCUGAUUAGAAGAUCGAAGUGAAGAAAAGAAAUGAAGUAAAUGAAAACAGAUAGCCCUAAAGGGCAGAGUAAUGCUUCAGCGCGAAUAAGCAAGCUGAAUGGUUCACAGGAUGGUGGAGAUUUGAAUGUUCGACAAGUCUUCUUGUCAAAACUUCAGGUUGAGGCUACCCUUGUUCGCUGAGUUGUUCAUUCAUACCAAUUGUGAAACUUCCCAAAAGCACCCCAUUUCAGAAUCCACAAACAGUAAUUGGUAAAAAAAGUGGAAGUCUCCUGAUUCUCGCCCACCUAUCGAUAACAAAAGAGACUAUCAUUGGGCAUUUCAUUUGAGAAGAGCGGUGGAAACGGACUUCAUGAGAGGGCCGCGGCGGCUGCAUUUCGAUGGAUGCGGAAUGCAAAAAAGCCCGUGUGCUUGAGUUGUAGUGCACGCUAAAGAACCUCAGGUGGUCAAAAUUAAUUCGGAGCCCUCCACUACGGCGUGCCUCAUAAUCAGAACUGGUUUUGGCACGUAAAACCCCAGAAACAAGGACUUCAUGAGAGGUUUCUUUUUUUUAUCUUUGGGUGGGGUGAAGGGCUAGUAGGAGGGGCUAGUUAGUAUAUGGCAUAUACAAUGAAAACAGCACAAAAAUCAAAUAAGAAAGCCAUAAGAAACAGAAACAGACCCUUUAGCCGGCGCUGUUUUCGUUCUAGGUGUCAGAAAAACUGCAAUAUCAACAUUUAUAAUCGACAUGAUUUUUCAGUCAGAUUUGUCAUUUCAAGCACUUUGACAGGCGACUGGCGGCGGCACAAGUUUUAUUUUGCCGCUAACAGGUGGAGCGCGUCAGUCAGUUCAACCCCACCAAAUUGUACGACAAAAAAAAAAAAGUGCCUCGUUUUUUGGUGCCCGUGCUGGCUGCGUGAAGACAAACACAUGUAGGCUCAAAUACUACCAACUGUGUGAGACCUGCGUCUACAGCACGCAAAAGACAGACACAACCCAGCCAGAAUCGUAGGAAACGGCAAUCUUCCGAAAACGCUGGUGUUUAAGGCUGAUGGGUGUGUCAGCUAGUCAGCGUUGGAUAUAAGCAAAAAGUGUUUAAAGUAAUGGUGGGGAAAAUGAUGAAAAAGAUGGGGCCAGAGUGGUUACCAGCAUGGACAACUUUGCAAGGUAGAGUAGAGAUGAUCAAAUUGAUAGACUGCAAUGUGUAGAGUAAAUCUUGGUUAGCUCACACAGGCUAUGUGACAAUUUGUCGCUAUCUGCUUCCCAACGGGAUGCUGUUCCAAAUCGUCAAAUUAUUAUCACACCGUGGUCUAGUGUUCUUAGCAUGCACGAAUUUCUAAGGGCAUUUUCUGAAUUCGUACUAAGAAUUCUGCUGCGGAUCAAAUUCGAUGCUAUAGUCAGACGAAAUUCUUUGGUAGAUAAUGGUUGCUUGUUACAGCGAAUGGCAUUUAGUCAUUGCCUCGCGGUACAAAGUGGGAUUACUUUUCCCAUGCAGUUUUAUAUUUAAUAUGCAAAUGAAUCCUUGAAGUGAGGAUGAAGGCACUGGUGCACCAUUAUAGGCAGUGGCUGUAUAAUUAUGAGUAUAUCUGUGGUGCCAAACGCUGGACGCGGACUUACCGUACAGAGUUUAUUUUUUCCCCAGUUCAAAAAAACAAAACAAACGCUGAUUGUUGCUGAAACAAAUGCUGAUGUGCCAACACCGUUUCGUGAAACAGCGACCCGCAUCUAGGUCGUUACGUGUGGCAUUGUUAUCCAACCCAAAUUAAUUAAACGAACUUGAACUGGCGCCGCCAGGAAUGACGCGGCUCGGAAACCUCGAUCUGGCGUUGUGGCUUGCAAUAAUAUUAGUAAAAGAAAGUACAGUGCCGCUCUCGCGAACUUGGGGUCUGUCAGCGUCGCCUCGAUGCCUGCGAUAACGUCUGUCCCGGCGCGGUACCGUCAAACCGAAUCAUUACAACCGACUGUAUCUUUUUUUAUUUUUCUUGUGCUAAAUGAUAUCACAUGCAGCUUCCUUUCGCCUCUAUGAAGCGCUAGAUGUUUUUGCUUGCUGUUAUGCCCAGAUACGUCUGUUAUGUUUAAACACCGUCAAAGGGUACCACAUUUUGCAGGAAAGUCAGGAAAUUUGAUUACAUUCUUGCGCAAACAUAUGCUCAAAUCGCUAUUUCGCACUCUACUUUUAUCAAGUAUAAUGCGCUGGAAACUUCGAGUGCUUGCCCGGACACUGUGUUAUUGAGGAAUUUUAGAUAAGCAGUCCACGCAAAGUGAGCAAAACUUUUGCUUGUGGUUCGCACUUUCUGCAACGCUUGCGAGAGUCUGCUUCUUUCUUGCGAAUGUGUGCCAAGUGUGUCAUACAAUGCAUGUGUACCGGAAUUCGCUGUACUUGCUCAAUAUUCCCCGACCUCGGGUGACAUAUCUUCUGCGCACUUGACUGGAAAAAAAUUGCCACGACGGAGCAAGAAGUGCCACUUUCUCUUUGGCUGCUACGUGGAACGAACAUUGAAGAAUGGCAUUGCGACAUUUAAACAGUAUGCGUGGACGGGUAAAGACCGCCAAAAGUUGGCGUUUUGUUUUUCAAUACACUUCUGUUUCUUGUUUCUGUAUCAAAAGAUCGCUGCUCUAUGUUUUGAAAGAUGCUAAUAAAUGACACUGGCUAUUUUGUUA